AUGUCUUUUCCUAUUAUUCGUUUAUUCAAGACAUCGCUACAAAAUGCAUCCCUGACUGAUGACCCAUCAAAUACCCAUGCCACGCUCUAUACUUUCUUGCGAUCGGUUCCGAGCGAGGCCGAGGUGGCGCUUGCGAUGAGUGAAUUUGAAAAAGCCUUGCACGCCACCGACUCUUUACUACACCGGCCCAAUAUACAGUCCGUAAUGUUGUUAGAAUCGGCCAUCCAGAACUUUUUGCUGCGGGAACCACCCUAUGUGAACUCGACAUGGAACAGCCAGUCGGAUGCGCAGUGGAAAGCCUCCAUGGAAUCCCUCCACAACCCACCCUCUGCGAGGGUGACGGACGCCGACCAACCUCCACUUGGGAGCUCCAACGGUUCUCACUUUCCCGAACCUCCCGGCCAUGCCCCGUUUGGGGUUGACACCGAACACCAUCCCCACCUCCACGUCCCCAUGGCGGCGAUCAAAGCCUAUCAAGAUCCUUUUGAGGGGUACAAUGCGCAUUAUCAAGCGACCUCCUCCGCGCAUCUACCGGAUUCCCCACCGGGUGCAAUAACCCCGGUUCCAUCUGAUGCAGCCCCGGGGGAGAGGGAGGACGACGCGCCUGCACCUGACACGGACGGGGGCCUCUGGGAGGAUCCGGGGAAGGGGGCUGAGGUCUCCGGAUGGGGGACCCCAACGCCGCUGACGGCCUCCCUGUCACACCACCCCGUGACACUGGAAAAGGCCCUGGAGGCGAGGCGUUCUGUCAGUUAUGACACAAGCCCCACCCCGUCGCGCUCCGUAUCGUGUGAGCGCAGCCUCUUUCCAUUGGGGUCACAGACGGGAUUAUCGGACUACCAUCCCUUGCUGGAGGCCUUGAUCCAGCAGGUUCGCGGCGUGUUGACGGCAAACGAUGACGGCACGGCGAAUCGUAUGGAUCCUUGUUUUGAUAGGAAGGACUUGGACUUCCAUAAAACGAUGCUGGACAUCUUUAGCCAUAUUCGUGAUCGUCUGCGGAAGGCCGGGGAGGAAGUGGAGCAGGCGGCGGAGAAGUACCGUGAGAGUGUUUCUAUUUGGGAUCCCUCCCAUGCAUAUUACAAGGAAAGCUUAAGGGUUGUGCAGCAACUUUCUGAACAAGCCCGCGCUGCGGAGGACUUGUAUACUGUAGAACGUAGUGAACAGGAAACGAUUCGAAUAGCUUACUGUGCCCUCUACGCCGAAGUGAUUACAAUGCGGUUAUUAAUGCGAGACGUAAAGCAAUUUAUAGAGGAAUCCGCUACUGCCGUAUCUCAGGGUCGUUUCGACGAUGACCCUGAUGAGGCUCAAACCGAGCAACAACUAGUAGAUGAAUUACGCGAUGCUUUAUUCUUAGACUCAACUGUAGAAGAAAACGUAGAAUAG